UUGCCCUUUCAGGGCUGAUGGGAGAGGAUGGAGUUUCUUGGAACCGCUCAGACUGCCAGUUACUGUGGCCCCAAGAAAGCCUGUGGCUUCAGUGUGGUGCCUCCAGCUGUGACAGCCCCAGUGAUCCAGGAAUGUUACCAGCCCUAUUACCUGCCUGGGUACCGCUACCUCAACUCAUGGAGACCCAGCCUCUUCUACAAGGUCUCCAAUGCCCAGACCUGCCUGGACAAGGGAGCCACAUGCCACAGCUCUGUGAAGCCACCCAUCACCCUGCCUGUGCUCCACUCGGCGCUCUUCUGUCGCUACAGCCCCCAUGACUGGGACAGGUCCAACGAGCUGCAGAUGCGCGGGGCUGAGGCCUCUCGGCUGUGGGCUGGCCGGCUGACAGGGGACUCCUUGCAGCUCAUGCAGGACAAGGACCAGCUGACCCGCCAGAUGCAAGAGGGGACCUGCCGGAACCUGGGCCAGAGGCUGUCGGACAUUGGCUUCUGGAAGUCUGAGCUGAGCUACGAGCUGGACAGGCUUCUCAACGAGAACCGCGGCCUGGACACCAUCAAGAAGCGGCUGGAAUGUGCUGCUGAAGAGGCCAACUGUCCCCUGCAGGUGGCCCUGGAGUGUCUGUACCACCGAGAGAAAAGGAUUGGGAUCGAUUUGGUCCAUGACAAUGUGGAGAAAAACCUUAUUCAGGAGGUAGAUUUGUUAAAAUGUUGCCAAGAACAGAUGAGAAGACUAGCUCAAAGAAUUGAUAUCCAGAUGAGGGAUAACCGAGAUGCUCAGCAUGCUCUGGAGAGGGACCUUGAAGACAAAAACUCAGCGCAGUUUAUUGAUGAAAAAUGUUUUAACCUGAGGAACACAUCAGACUGCAUCAGCUACUUCCAUGGCGUGGAGAAGGUGGAUGGCACGAUCUCUGUGCCUGAGACCUGGGCCAAGUUCAGUAAUGACAACAUCAGGCACUCGCAGAACAUGCGAGCCAACUCCAUCCGGCUGCAGGAGGAGGCCAAGAACCUCUUUGAGACCUUGUCAGAUCAGAUGUGGAAGCAGUUCACUGACACCAAUCUGGCUUUCAAUGCUCGCAUCUCCGAGGUCACGGAUGUGAAGAAUAAGCUGCAGAUGCAGCUGGCUAAGACGCUGCAGGAGAUCUUUCAGGUGGAGAACACCAUCCUGAUGCUGGAAAGGUCCAUCAUGGCCAAGGAGUGCCCGCUGAAGUUGGCGCAGACACGGCUGGAGUGCAGGACCCGGCGCCCCAAUGUGGAGCUGUGCAGGGAUGUCCCACAGUUCAAGCUCGUGAAUGAGGUGUGCACCAUUGACGACACCCUGCAGACCCUCAAGCUGAGGCUGCGGGAGACACAGGACACACUGCAGCUGCUGGUAAUGACCAAGUGCCGGCUGGAGCACGACCUGGCUAUCAAGGCCAACACCCUCUGCAUAGACAAGGAGAAGUGCAUGAGCAUGCGCAAGACCUUCCCCAGCACCCCCCGGCUGGUGGGCUACACGUGAGCUGGCGCCACCAGCCCUCAGUCCCUGCUCCGCACCAGUUCCUUACACAGUAUAAAAUUUGAAAAGGCAGACAAACAAAAUAAAAGAAAGUGUUGUUUUCUCUCUUUCCUCCUAUUAUGGAAAAAUAUAUAUCUAAAAUAAAUGUGCCC